GGGAUUUUCACCCCGGAAAGACGCCAUGGAGUCAUCGGUGCGGACGAAGCUCCUGGCGGGUGCAGCACAGGUCUGCAUUCAAACCAGCGUGGGUAUCCUCUACAAGGUGUCCCAGGCAGCGACCGGAGGCUUCAAGUACUCCACGACCUCGGCGAUUUGCAUGGCUGAGUUUGUGAAGCUGUUGAUGAGUGCCAGCUUUCACGUUCUCGACCGCUCGCAUUCGCAGGCGGUGAAUCUACAGAAAGCUUGGAGCAAUGCCAGAGACCAGCUGAGCUACCAUGCCGUUGGACAUAUUUACAUCCUGGCGCUCUUGUACAUGAUCAACAAUCAGCUGUCCUUCUACAUUUACACGUUGGUGGAUCCUGGCACCGUCUUUCUCUUCAAGGCCGCAUCAACGAUGAUCGUGGCCACGGUGCAAUGCACCUUUGCCGGCAAGAAAUUCUCCUGGGAGCAGUGGAAGGCGAUGAUGCUACAGGCCUGUGGCAUGAUCACAGUGCAGUACGACCCCUGCAAGGGCGCCGGUGUGUAUUCCGUCAUGGCCUACACCCUGCUGUGUCUAAGCACAGCCAUCACGGCGGUUUCGGCCGCCCGUAACGAGUUCUUGGUGAAGAACUUUCAGAUCACCCUGAACGUGCAGAAUUCAGUGCUCUACUCAGGUGGGGUUCUUUUCAAUCUGUUUGCAUUCCUCUUCCUUCCGAACCCCAACAACAAGGAUGAGAACACCGGCUUCUUUGAUGGCUAUGAUUUCUUGGCCAUCUUGGUGGUGUGCUCGAAUGCCCUGAUAGGUAUUGUCAUCACCGCCGUCUACAAGUAUGCAGAUGCCGUGGUGAAAUGUAUUGCCAGUGAUAUCACUGCGGUGCUGUUGAUCAUUAUCUCCACUAUCUUCUUUGGUUUGACGUCAUCUCUGACCAUGUGGUGUGGCGUUUUCACCGUUACGUUUGCGGUGCACCUCUACAUCGAUUCCAGCGCAAAGGCAGCUGAGGCCGGCAAGGCCAAGGAAGAACGUACCACGCCGAGCGAGGCGAAUGUGACUAGCCAGGCC